CCAUGUUCCCAGUUCCCAGUUAUGCCCAAGUCUCCAAAGUCCCCAACAUAAUAAACCCUGAAAGGCAACAAUCCCCAAGAAACCCAAGAAACCCCUAAUCACCGACGAUCACCACAAUUCUCUAGUCCACUGCUAUUGAUUGAUGCCUGCCAAAUCCCUUGUCACCGCCCUAUCCACCCGAUCGUCCUACCAAUAUGCCCUCCUCGCGUUGUACCGAUGAAGUUCAUGCCACUCAUGCCGCUCCGUCGCUCUCAGGGUAGAGUCCUCCCUUCUCCUCCUCCGCCGCACAUGCAAUCCGACCCCAUCCUCCACCCCAUCACCAAACCAAAAACCCGAUCGGCAAAGGUGGCCGACUCCCAUCCGCCUCUCCCUCCCACCGCGACGAACCGCCCCCCAAAUCCCGCGCGUGUCGGCACCCAACCUCGCAUCGGGAGCAAUGGCUUCAAUUCCAACGACGACGCCGCAUCCCCCGCGAACGGCAACGGCGCUGCCUCCGGCGCCAAAAACUCUGUCACUGUCCUGCGCAACGGCACGCGCGUGUUGCACGCCACCGGCACGCACCCCUCGCCGCCGAAAGGCGUCAAGCGACCGCACGACGACGCGACUGACGCGAAGGCGGUGAAAUACCCCAAGAAAACCCAGACGAAACUGAAAUUCGCGCCGCUGCCGCCGAUUGGCGCGCGGGAUGGGCGAGAUGGUGCUGGGGGUUUUUCUGGACAUGAGCUCCAGCAGGAGACACGGCAGGAUGGGAAGGAGGGUAAGAAACGCGUGCGGACGCGUAGUGGGCAGGCGACGGCUGCGACCGAGGUGACGGGCCGGAAAAGCGCGCUGGAGCGGAUGUUGGUGCCGCCGAAGCCAGCGGCAGUGGACGCGGUGCAGACGGCGGACAAGCGGACGUUGCGGUCGCAGGACGGGGGCACGCGGAUGAAGAGCGAUCUGGCGAUUUACUUCUCGAACUACGACGACAUCAUCACGGGGGCGCCGAAGGCACGGGACGUGAUAGAAAUCGACAGCAAGAUCUUCAUCAUGGACGAACCGGUUCCCGACGCGACACGUCCCAGCACCUCGCCAGCCGCCUCGAAAACCCAAUCGACCUCCCCAUACGCAAAAUCCCACCGCCGUUCCGCCGUUUCCUCCAAACCCGAAUCCUCCACCUCCAACGGCAUCCACCCCGUCCACUUCCCCAGCAUCUCCCCCUCCCUCACCACCCCAACCGACCCCCUCCCGGACACCCACUACUUCAAACCCCACCGGCGCGCCGAGCGCAAAGAGAAGCAACUCCGCAACAUCGAGAAGGAGCGCGCGCAGCACGAGAAGGUGCAGUUGGAGCGGCUGCUCGAUGGGCUGCUGAGCCCCGAUUGGUUGAAGGUGAUGGGAAUCUCCGGGGUGACGGAGAGCGAAAAGAAGGAGUAUGAGGAGCGGAGGGCGUAUUUCGUACGUGAGGUGAGGGCGCUGGUGGAGAAAUUUCGGGUGUGGAAAGAGGAGGAAAGAAGGUUGAAGAUGGAGAGGGAGCAGGCGGUGUUGGCGAGGGAGGCGGCGGCUACGGAGGAGGAACAGCAGGGCGGGGACGAAAGCGAAGACGGCGAGGAUGUAGAGGAAGAGGAGCAAGAACUCUCCCUGGACCCCCCGCGCCACAAACCCCUUCCCCACGACUCCGACUCCACCAGCACCACCGACAUUGGCGCCCACGCCACCCAACAACUCCUCGCCGAAGCCUCCGCAUCCCGCCCCUCACCUCCCACCACCCUUCCAACCCCACCCUCCCCCCCCAAACCCUUCACCAGCUUCUUCGCCAAACCGCACCUCCGCGCGCAGGCGAUGGGGCAGCAGCGGCAUGGGCGGAAGGCGUACGCGUUUGGGCGGGAGGUAGCGGAGGGCGGAGAGCGGGAGUUUGAGUUGCCGGAGGAGUUGAGGACGGAGGAGGCGGUGAGGAGGAACGCGAGGAGGAGAAGGAGGGUGAGGAGGAGGACGGGAGGGGAGGAGGAGGAGGAGGAGGGGUAAGGGUUCUGGUGUCUGGAACCCCUACACUGCGGAGUCAGCACGGCGACAUGUUCGCGACGGCGAGAGGGGAGGAGUAGGGAGCCAGGGGGUAGCGGUUCUUCAUUCGUCUAUCUGUAAAAAUGAUUCAUGGGAAAAGAAUAGACCCAAAUACACGCGAGAAAUCUCUAUUUAGCAGUCAUUCAUCUCCAAAUUUGUGCCCUCUUUGCUGUGCACGCGGGAGCCAUGAAAGAGUGAGGAGAGUCAGGAGGUUGAUCAUCCCAUGAAGAGAAUGGCGAAUAGACAGCGUGAGCAGUAAGAAAAAGAAUCGAGAGAUGGAGUAGGUAGUACAACAGCAUUGGAAUAUGGCCUA